AUGACUGAAAAAAUUAAUCGGCAUCGAGAUAAGAACUUGGACAACCCUUGGUUUAUGCGCGGUGCACUUGCAAUUGGUCUGGCUGUAGUAUUUAUCGCGCUCCUCAACAAUUCCAUCCAUUCUUCUACCGUAUCUUGGUUGGAGACGUACGGCCCCGGAACAGAGUCCAAGAUAUGCCAGCAAGUCCCAAAGCUGUCCCCAACGAAUAAACAGGUCGAGCAUUACGUUCGCAAAAAGGUCGACUCGGUGGAAUACCAACGAGAAGUCAUCAAAAAGCUCUCGGGAAUCAUUCAAAUUCCAUCUGAAAGUUACGACGAAUUGGGACCCAUCGGCGAAGACGACAGAUGGGAUAUAUUUUUCAGGGUGGAGGAAUAUCUCAUCAACACUUAUCCCACAGUGUUUGAGAGCGUGAAGCUAGAUCAUGCUAAUACACAUGGGUUGAUCCUGACAUGGCAAGGCAGCGUUCCUCCCUCGGAGGCCAAGCCGAUUCUCUUGCUAGCGCAUCAAGAUGUGGUGCCUGUACUUAUGGAGAACGUCAAGGAUUGGACUCAUCCACCAUAUGAUGGUCACUACGAUGGUGAGAUUAUCUGGGGUCGCGGUGCUACUGACGACAAGGGCUACCUGGUAUCUAUCAUUGAGAGCCUGGACCUUUUGAUAAAGAGCGGAUUCAAACCAAAGAGAACAGUCAUCCUGGCAUUUGGCUGUGACGAAGAGAUUAGUGGUGAGAAUUGCGGAAGGCCUAUCUCGAAUUUCCUGGUUGAGCAGUACGGACACGACGGGAUCUAUUUGAUCAUGGACGAGGGGUCCACGGGUAUCCAGAGAGAAUUCAACCGGUCCUUUGCCAUGAUUGGCGUUGCAGAAAAGGGCUAUUUAGAUGUUGGGAUCAAUGUCUCGUCGACCGGUGGCCAUGCGAGUAACCCGCCUGAUCAUAACGCCAUUGGCAUCCUAUCGGAAAUCGUGGUCGCGAUUGAGAGCAACCCCUUCCUGGGAACAGUCACUCCGAAGAAUCCAAUGUAUAAUUUCUUAGAGUGUGCUGCCGUCUAUGCUCCUGAGUCUAGCUUCCCAAUGGCGGUUCGCCGCACGUUGAGCAACGCUGCUGCCCAAGACAACAAUAUCAGCCAGGAGCAACUGGACCAGGCACUCGGUGAUAUGAGAUAUCACUUCAAGACAAGCCAGUCUGUUGGAAAGAUCAACGGCGGCGUUAAGAUUAAUGCCAUCCCUGAAACAGCGUCUACGAUGGUCAACCUGCGCCUUGCGGUCGAAACUAGUAUUGCUCAAGUUAAGUCGCACUACGAGUCUCUUAUUAAGACCAUUGCUAAAAAGCAUGGAAUGGUAUUCAAAGGCUUCGAUUCACCAUGCGACCCUUCAGUGGCACGGAAAAUUUGCCUAUUUGGAGUUGACGCCCUAGAGCCAGCCCCCGUUUCUCCUUUUGACACUGAAUCCUUCCGCAUCUUGUCUGGCACCAUCAAGAAUGUUCUCAAGCCACUCAGCCAGGACGAUGAGCUUAUUGUUACACCAUAUUUGAUGCCAGCCAACACUGACACCAAGUUCUUCUGGGCGUUGACCAAGAACAUCUACAGAUUCACGCCUGUGAAUUUGGUGGAAAAUCUCAACCGGGCACACACAACUAACGAGUUUAUUCGAGCCGAUGAAUUUGUUCGGGAACCUCUCUUUUUUGCGAGUUUGAUUUUAAAUGCUGAUGAUGUUGUGGGUUAG